AGGCGCAGUAGUCGAUUCAAGGACAUGGAAGGCAGUAACAAUCGGGAAGAUGAAGAGGUGGAACAACCCGUGCUUGUGGAAGAGCCAUUGGACCUCAUUAGACUAAGCUUGGAUGAAAAAAUCUACGUUAAGAUGAAACGUAACCGUGAAUUGCGAGGUGUCUUACACGUAUGUCAAUAUGUGAUUUCACACCCUUUUGAUAGAUGCUAUAUCUUUCUCUAGCGUUUUGCUUAGAUUUGGUUUCUUGUGAGAGUAUGAACACUUGGGCGUUAAUUGCAGAUUUUCAACCCUUAGAUUGAAGGGUUUCAAGCUCGUUGAUUCACUGACUAAAGACUUAGUGUAAAUACUAGGGUGUUGAUAUCUGUCAUGACAAAACUAUAACAUCCACAAUCUAAACUUUUUGCUAGAUCAAGAUAUCACCUGCACUUUCUAGUUUUUCUCGUUAAAAUUAAGUUUAGUAACUCAGUGUUCUGACUAAUUAUACUCAGUAUUUUCCUAAAUAAGAUGUCAUGUCUGUGUAAACAUAUUACUGACUCGUGUCUCCAGAUUAUACUAUGUAGACUCAAGUUUCGGACUUAAAAAUUCUUUGUUCUCUGGGGAAAGUUUAUUUUCGAAACAAGUAUUUUGUGCUUAAAAUAUUAUGCCGUUAUAAAACAGAUCGUGAUUUUGACACAAGUUGUUUUAUGAUCCCUAUUUAAACACUUCAUACAGUACACAAAGCUUUUUAUAUAUAUCUACUUUCAUUGUAUUAAUGUACUAUAUUUUCCAGGCGGUAACUAACACCCAUCUUUAAGUAGCCAUAAUACUGAUCCCACUUAAUCCAUUACUCAGUUUACCCAUGUAUUUCGUAAUGUACCUGGCAAGUUUGACUAGUAUAAAACUUACUAAUGAACAUUCUACUGUAAUAUGUGCUUUGUCCUUUGUUUCUCCUCCGUCAUCGCUUCUCACGUUAGAUUAUGCAAGUCAGUUUAUUCUGUAAAUUUAUUUUAUAUUCAUGUAAACCUUGUAAACAUAGGUGUGUUUUAUUUAUUUAUUUAUUUUAACACAUAGGUAUUGGUACAAGGAGGCACCAAAUACAUAUGCGCCACACGAAUCUCAAUUGAUUUGUGUGAGGGCUGUGAUACUGCCCGGGUGCCCAAACCGAAGCAGGUACAUAGGUGUGUGCGUUUCACCCUGCGGCAGUCCUAUGCUUUAUUUAUCAUUGCUUUUUUGCCAAAAUUUCUAGUUAAUAAUCACGCGGUGAUAUUUCAAAACUGCAGUUUACUAAUUGGUGACCUUCCUUAUUCCAAUAAGCUCAAUGUUAAGAUUUUAGUAGUCAAGGCACUCGGCUCUCAUCCAGUCGACCAUCAAAUGCCCUGGUACGGUUGAUGGUCGAGUCCACUAUCUCAUGGUCAUACGUAUAUAGCCACUGUCAGGGAAGUCCUACUCACUGCCUUGUUGAUUAGACAUCUAUAUCAAAGGCUCGAGGAGUGACCCCCUAAGAAAACCACUUGGUUCGGUUUGGGCGCUCAGGCACUAUUCCAGCCCUCCCACAAAUCGAAUGAUUAGGUGUGGCGCAUACAUAUUUGGUAUGUUCAAAUAGGUAAAUAAACAGCCGGUCGCCAGUUAGGAUGCAUUUAUAUUUCAGGGCGGAUAUUCCCUCUUUAUAUUUCGCUUAAACUAUGAUUUACAAAAUUUAAUAAUUUGCCUCGUCUCUUUCUACAUUCCAUUCAUAUUCAUGCCCACACCAUAGACUUUUGGUGACUGCAAUUUACUCGUGUAUUUUGCUCCGAUGAUCUCAGACCAAUAGGUAUCCCACGUGACCCACUAUCUGAGCCAUCAAAUUAAAUAAUGUAUGAAUUGGCAUGUGAAAAUAAUUGGUUUUGAAACUUCAGUGAUAUAUAGCCAGUGUGAAGAAUUCAUGUAUUUUACAUGAGUUGUCUGGUGGUCAGAUUGUUUUGUUAUUCAUCUGUAUAGGCAGCAUCAUCAAAAGUGCAUUAUUUUAGUAUUUUCGGUACCAUAUUUCGUCAAGUCUAGGAGUAUUAGUAUACUGUUUGAAUACACACAUUUCUCAGCCCUACUGAUCCUAAACUUAUGUGCCAAAUGUAACAUCUGCUAGACAUAAGUACAAUAUAAUGCUUGAUAUUAUCUACUGGAGGAAGUGUUUCUUUUUGAUUCUAAAGAUUCAUCCAACGGCCUGAGUGGAGUGUGUUAAAUACUAAGAAAGCUUUCCACAAAUUUGUAAUGACUUUAUUACCAAUCUCUACUUACUGUUAGAUUUGAGACAAUGUUUGUCAUGAAAGACAAUGCUAGUGCAUGUAGUCAUUGAUAAAGGUGUUCAGAAUUUUCAUAAAGGGCUAUAAAAACCAACCGAAAGAAUUUGUUGCCCUAGCCUAACAUCAUAAAAGUUUUGACAAAAACACUACUAUGCUUCAUUUAUCAUGACUGGGUAAGGACCCUUCAUGUUUUUCACUUUUGGCGAUGAUCAGUUAAUGGUAAACCGAGAUAAUUGACAAGUAGUUACGCUAGGCUUGUCUAUUAUUAUUGCUAGACUAAGCAACAUGAAAUUGAUGUAUAGUUGAUAUGUAUUUAGUUUACCUAUAUCUGCACAUAUCGCUCUUUAGGUUUUGAUGACAAUACUGUGUCUUACAUGAAGUGACCUGAGACUGUGAUAAAUCCGGAACCAACUGCACUCACAGUUAAUGCACGGUAUAUGAGAUUAGUUUAUCCUUCUUUAUCCUAUAAGUGACAUCUGUACUACAUUUUUGUUUGAUUUGAAAUGUGGUUCUUUAUGUUCUUGCCUUUUGAACGUGAUCCUUUCAAUGUAGAUUCGGUUAGAGGUAGUGUCCUUACAUGCUAGCAUCAAGUGGUAAUAAUAAUAGGUCCAUUAUUUCAUAUUGGUCAGUUAUAAUACGAGUCAUUAGCCAUUAAACAAGUAUAGUAUAUUAAAACAAUUAGUUCCCCAGAUGUAAACAGUUUAAUGUAUUUUAACUGAAACAGGCUUUCGACUCACAUUUGAACAUGAUCUUGGGGAAUGUUGAAGAAACUGUAACAACAUUAGAGAUAGAUGAGGAAACAUAUGAAGAAGUUUACAAGGUAAUCUAUUUUGACCUCUAAUAAAAUACCUUCAUUGCAGACUACAAAACGAACAAUACCCAUGCUGUUUAUUCGCGGAGAUGGUGUUAUCCUAGUUUCGCCUCCACAAAAGGAUUAACUCUUGUACAGUCAAUUUUCAUGCAUCGUAAUCCAUAUUCAUCAAUAAAACAUGUCAUUUAACAACAGUUUGAAUAUUCCGCUCAGUGAACAGCCUUAUAACUUUUUACCGGGACUGUAACACAUUUAGCACACUAACAGUUUUUUAAUAACCUAUCCCGAUCUUGUAGUCCUCUGCAAAUUAACAUGCAAGCAUUGAGCUAUUCAUUUUCAAAACGAAA